AUGAGAAACAUCAGCGAGGGUUUCCAUCUUUUCCUCGUCUCCUGCUUCGCAUUACUUGCUUUUUCCUCCCAAAGUUCCAAUGGAUUUGCAGGGGACAUCAUAACUCUGAAUCAAUCAGUCAGAGACGGGCAAAGCCUUGUUUCUUCCGGUGGAACUUUCAAAUUGGGGUUCUUCAGCCCUACCAAUUCCAACAACAGAUAUUUGGGGAUAUGGUACAAUAAGAUUCGUGACCAAACUGUUGUUUGGAUUGCAAACAGAGACAACCCCAUCACAGACUCAACCGGUGUUCUAAAGCUUUCCGAAGACGGGAAUCUCGUCCUCCUAAAUCAAUCGGAAACUGUGAUCUGGUCUACGAAUGCGUCCAAGGCAGAGAACCCAGUCGCCCAGCUGUUAGAUUCUGGAAAUCUCGUAGUCAGAGAAGAAAAUGACGAGAAGCUCGAGAAUUCUCUGUGGCAGAGCUUCGAUCAUCCGACUCACACUUUAUUGCCGGGAAUGAAGUUGGGGUGGAACUUGAGAACCGGUUUGAAUAGAUUUCUGAUAUCGUGGAAGAGCGAAAGCGAUCCGUCCACUGGAAGCUUUAAGUUUGGGGUAGAUCGUCGUGGAUACCCACAGGCGUUUGUCUGGAACGGAAUGGGCAUAGAGUACCGAAGCGGACCUUGGAAUGGGUUACAGUUCAGUGCGGUCCCUGAAAUGAAGCCCAAUGACAUUAUCAAUUUCAGUUUCACCUCAAAUUCAGACGAGUUGUAUUACUCGUUUUCCAUCGAGAACGAUUCCGUGGUUUCGAGGUUGAUGGUGAGUCCAUCUGGUUCGCUUCAGCGAUUUACACGACUCGAUGACGACAAAAGCGAAAGCUGGAAUCUUUACUGGUAUGCUCCGAAGGACCAAUGCGACAAUUACAAAGUGUGUGGGGCUUAUGGUAUAUGCGAUGCCAAUGCUUCGCCAGUCUGCAAGUGUCCUCCAACAGGGUUUAAGCCAAGGGAUCCUCAGAAUUGGAUUAUGAGAAAUGGGUCUGGUGGGUGUGUUCGGAAAACAGAGUUGGAGUGCCAGAAAGGAGAUGAUGGGUUCUUAAGGUUGCAGCGCAUGAAGGUCCCUGACACAUCCAUGGCGUUCGUGAAUGAAAGUAUGAGUCUUCAAGAAUGCAAGGAGGCUUGCAAGAGGAACUGUUCGUGUACGGGUUAUGCGAACUCGAAACUGACGGGAGGAGGAACUGGUUGCUUAUACUGGACUGGUGAGCUUAUCGAUCUCCGGGUGUACCCCGUCGGCGGCCAAGAUCUCUACCUGCGGGUGGCGGGUUCCGAGCUAGCAAAGGGACAAGACCCUGAUGCCCAUUCCAGUAAAAGGAAACGAUUAACAGUUGGACUUAGUGUCAUGGUCUGUGUUGGUGUUCUUGUAUUGGCAUUCAGUAGCUAUUUCCUAUGGAAGAGAAAGACAAAAGGAGCUGUGUCGAAUAGGAAGACAGAGGAAAGAGUUUUCAGGGAGAAAAGCCAAGACAAACAAUUUGUGGACUUGGUUGUAUCAAGCGGGAGAGAGUACUCGGGCGAAUAUAACAAAGAUGACAUAGAAUUGCCUCUAUUCGAUUUUUCUACUAUUGCAAUUGCCACAGAUAAUUUCUCCGAAGCAAACAAGCUUGGAAAAGGUGGUUUUGGUACUGUUUAUAAGGGUAAGUUGGAGGGGAAGGAAAUAGCUGUGAAGAGGCUCUCAAAGAAUUCAGGGCAAGGACUACAAGAAUUCAAGAAUGAGAUUAUAUUAAUUGCAAAACUUCAGCACAGGAAUCUCGUUCGGCUUCUGGGUUCCUCUAUUGAUGCUGAAGAGAAAAUGUUAAUCUAUGAGUACAUGCAAAAUAGAAGCUUGGAUUCUAUACUGUUUGACACAAAAAAAUCCUCAUCCUUGGAUUGGCCAAAGCGCUUCCAAAUUAUCGGGGGAAUUGCCAGAGGGAUUCUCUACCUGCAUCAAGACUCCAGAUUUAGAAUUAUCCAUAGGGAUCUCAAAGCAAGCAACAUUCUACUUGAUGGUGAGAUGAACCCCAAAAUUUCAGACUUUGGCAUGGCAAGAAUUUUUGGAGGGGAUGAAACUGAAGGAAAUACAAGGAGAGUAGUAGGAACAUAUGGUUACAUGUCACCUGAAUAUGCAAUGGAUGGAAACUUCUCGGUGAAAUCUGAUGUUUUCAGCUUUGGUGUUCUGGUGUUGGAGAUCAUUAGUGGCAAGAAGAACAGAGGAUUUUAUUACGAUAACUGCGAGCUCAAUCUUCUUGCACAUGCAUGGAGACUAUGGAGAGAGGGCAAAGGCUUGGAAUUGAUGGAUGAAUCAAUGAAGGAUUCAUGUUCCACAAGUGAAGUAUUGAGAUGUAUACAGGUUGGCCUCUUGUGUGUGCAAGAACGCCCAGAAGAAAGGCCAACUAUGUCAUCUGUGGUUUUGAUGUUGAGUAGUGAAACUGCAACAAUGCCUCAACCAAAACCCCCUGGCUUUGGUAGAGAAAGAAGUCCCUUGGAGACAGACGAAUCUUUUUCUGAACUAGAGUCAUAUACCGUAAACCAACUGACGGUUACAAUCAUAGAAAGCCGAUGACAGUUGAGAAGUGUUACGUGUUCUUAUCUCAAAACACUUGUGAUUUAUACCAAGUCAGGGAUUCAAAGGCAAAAACUGUAUAUAUUGAAGAAUUGUGAGAAGUUCACACUUUCAGUGGAGUUGCUGAUGCCUCAGUGAAG